CCUAAUAUGAAGGUAGAGAUCUUGCUCCUGCUCCCCAUGGCCUUGCUCCUGCCCCCCCGGACUUGGGCUGGUGAGAUCAUCGGGGGCCAGGAAGCCAAGCCCCACUCUAGACCCUACAUGGCCUAUCUGGAUAUACAAAGUGGAGUUAAUAGAUCCUUCUGUGGAGGGUUCCUGGUGUCAGAGAACUUCGUGCUGACGGCCGCUCACUGCAAUGGAGACAAGAUUAUUGUCAAGCUGGGAGCCCAUAACAUUAAACAACGGGAAUGGAGCCAACAGAAAAUCUCUGUGCGCCGCCGGAUUCCCCAUCCGCAAUAUGACAAGGAGACAUUUAACAAUGACAUCAUGCUGCUGCAGCUGGCGAAGAGCGCAAAGCUCAAUAGAUGGGUGAAAACCAUCACCCUUCCCUUUGCCAAAAAUUCAGUAAAGCCAGGGACCAUGUGCAGCAUCGCUGGCUGGGGCAGGACUAGUACAGAGACUAAAUCAACCCCGGACACACUCCAGGAGGUGAAUUUGAAGGUGCUGGAGGAUGAUGUGUGUAUGAACAAUCUGGAUGUGACAUACAAUGACUAUGAUGCUUCCACCAUGAUGUGUGGAGGAGAUCUGAAGAAAGGCAAAACCUCUUUCAAGGGUGACUCUGGGGGCCCCCUGGUGUGUGGGAAAACAGCCCAGGGCAUUGUCUCCUGGGGAUCCGAGGAUGGGAGACCCCCAGCAGUGUACACAAGAGUUUCCACCUUCAUCCCCUGGAUACGGGUGACGAUGAGGAGGCUGCAGCCCUGA